CAUCAAGAAAAGAAGAGUGGGCGGGUCUAAAGGCAGAUUGGGCGGGGCCGGGGAUGUGCGAAUGAAGAGGCUCUAUCAGUAGAUACCUGCGGUACCGUGUGUUGUUUCUACUGACAUCGGACAGCAGCGUUUUAUCUGGGAGCCGGAGACACAAGAUUGAGAAAUGCAAACAGACACUGAAAGCCAACCACUCAUAGGAUUCCAAAAUCAGCUUCACAGUAGGAAUUCUUUCUGUGAAACCGAACUCGAAGAACUGAUGCACCAGAUCGACAUCAUGGUGAGUAACCGGAAGGUGGAGUGGGAGAAGCACGUGACGGUCCUAGAGCGGAAGAUGGAAGCCCAGGACCAAGAACUGACAGAAGCCAGAAGUCUUCUAGAUGAGAAGAACCAUGAGAUCGGAAUUCUCUGCAAGAAACUGGAAGGGGUGAAUAAGGCUCAGCAUGAAAUGGUGCAAAAGUAUGAAAGGCAACUCCAAGAGCUAAAAUAUCAGCUGUCUAAGUUGAAGAAAAGUUAUGAGAAGCUUCAUUUCCACCAAGAGAAGCAACAAAAGAAUGAAACUGCAGAGCGAUGUGCCGAGCAGGAGAGGAGCCGGUGUGAGCUCCAGUGGCUGAGUCAGAAGCUGGAGGAGUUCAAAGCCAGAUCCAAAGAGUGGGACAAACAGCGAGCGUUGUAUCAGGAUCACCUGAGGUCUAUGGAUGAGCAGAGGAAAUCUCUAGCAGAGAAAUGUCAGCUUUUUCAGAAGGAGUCACUGAGUUAUCAGGAGCAGCUUUCCAGCCAGAAGCAGCAGCAGAGUGAAGCAAUUGCCAAUAACCAAUCUGAAAUGCGGCGACUGCGGAACCUGCUUGAGGCUUUCCAGGAGACCAUCAGGAGUGACGGGGUCAUCAAAGAAAACCUCAAGUCUACUGUAAAAGAAAUCACAUUAAGUAGGGACUCGCUGAAAGAUGAAAAUCAGCAGCUCUUACAGGAACUGAAGAAAUGGCAAAAGCAGUCCCAGAACAUGGAAGCUCAACUUUAUAAGGCCAAGAUGGAACUUCAUUCACGAGACGACCUCCUGAGAGCUCCAUCCCUGGAGUUGGAGUUGCAAAACGAAAUAUCAAAUUGGGCAAAUCAUAAGAUGACACAAGGAAAGGAGGCAAGUUUCCAGGUAGCUGAUCCACAAAUGAAUUGCAUGAAGGCUGAGCCAGAACACGAGAGCUUUAACCAUUCCAAAUCUGAGCAAUAUCAGGCUGAAAGUGAUCUGCAUCAAAAGGAAGCCAAAAACAGUGACCUGGAACGACUGAGGGAAGAUAUCACUGACCUGACUGCAAAGCUUAAUCAGAAAGAUGUCACUAUAGCAACCAUCAGCCGGAAAGUUUCUCGCCUGGAGCGAGAGUCGGAACUGAAAGGAACUCCGAACCGACAGACUUUGAUGACACUCAACCAGAAAGAUGUUAUAGUGGAUAUGCCCCAAGUACAUCCAGUUAACAAGAAGCCUCAGACAGACUCAGUAGAGGCUGAUCCAUGGAUCAGUGAUAAACGUGGAGAGCACGACAAACCACAAAAGCACAGAUCAUUUCACAAGGAAAUUAAUUUGCCACCGCUGAAGGCAACUAACUGCGCAGAUACAAGUAAUCCCAGCGAAUGGGAGCGAAGUCUGUGCCCGUGGAACACUCUACUCCAGGCCAGUGUCACGGACAAGGAAUGUGACAAUGAAAGUGAAUGGUUCAGCCUGUACAAUAGUAUCAUGUAUGCCGACCUGGAGUUUCCCCCCAUUCCUAUUAAUUCUGCCUUUGAUCAGCUGAAGGAUUCCACCGACUCGUCGCACACCGGAGAGUCUUUUAUCUGUGCCGCAGAGAAAUUCCUGCUGGAGGAAACCAGGAGAGCCAGCGACUUCGAGAAGAUCUUGAACUCUCACAUUGAGGAUAUGAAAAGACACUCGGAAACCACUGUCACCAAAUAUAAAAGUCACGCUCAGAGCAGACACAUAUGAAUUCCCUAUGGAGCCCCCUAACAAUGAACAACUGUUGCAGAAGAGGGGCUUUAGUCAUAUGAAAAACUCAACCCGCAAAACCCUAACCUGCACCCUACCCUAAGCCACGAAAAUAAUGCCAUUGUACGACCCACGCACAACCCGUACCCACGUCUUCUCACUUUGUACGCAACAUCUAUGAGCGCCUCUGGUUCCAAGACAGGGAAUCUUCAGGGGCAGUGUUGGAGUGUAUUUCCCCAAUAUGACCUGCACCCAACCCUAACCCACAGUGAUUGGCCAAAUCUCAACCCGAACCAACUAACUGCUGGUCAACCCUAAUUUGGACAGUGCCAUUUAUGGCCCCAUUUAGCUGCCCACAACUACAUCAUGCCACAGCUCUUGACUAUCUUGUCACACCAACCUUCUUAUAAGAGGACAGUAAAUCCAACAAGGAGCCCUAGGAAGUAGUGAUGUGAACGUCAGGAAAAACUCAACCCACACCCGACCCUAAACUGCGAAACGUUGCCAUUGCAGGACCCGCACCGAACUAGUACUUGCGUUUUUCACUCUUUAUGCUACUUCCAUCUGGUUCCAAAACAUGGAAUCUUCGGGGGCAGUGUUGGAGUGUUUUUCCCCAGUCUGACCUCCAACCCUAACCUGCAGUGAUUGGCCAAAUCUCAACCUGAACCGCCCAACUCAUGGUCAAACCGUGGGUCACCCCAUUUUUGAAUUGCGGUUCCAAUGUACGGGAGGGUGGUCCCUUCCAACUAGGUAACAGUUGCUGAGGAUGUAUACAGGAGUAUAUAAUAAUCAUAUCCACUCAUCAUUAAAUUACUUAUUAUGUGACAAACAUUUCAAGCUCAAAAUAUAUUUAUUCCAUUUAAUAUUUCAUACAUUUUUAUAAUGUAUAUUUGUUCUUAUAGUAAAAGAUAUAUUUUGGUAUGAUCCAAGCCUGAUUUCAACCAUGAUUUCUGUUUUUAUGCCACUGCACUGGAGAUGGAACUCCCUGUGAUGUAUGUUUGACAUAAAGGUGUUUAAUAUGUAUUGACCCAUUAUGUGACAUUUAGGGGUUUAUUUACUAAAAAGCUGAAUUUAUCUCAUGGUUUUAAUAAAAAAAAAGCUCAACCAAACUCAUGUGCUUUUGCCA